AUGCAGUUUGUUUACAGGUCCUCCACCUCACAGUGGGCGGGUCCUCCACCUCACAGUGGGCGGGUCCUCCACCUCACAGUGGGCGGGUCCUCCACCUCACAGUGGGCGGAUCCUCCACCUCACAGUGGGCAGAUCCUCCACCUCACAGAGGGCGGGUCCUCCACCUCACAGUGGGCGGAUCCUCCACCUCACAGUGGGCGGAUCCUCCACCUCACAGUGGGCAGGCAGGGGGUGCUUCAGUUCAGGGGUUGCUUUAAUCCAGGGGUUGCUUUAGUCCAGGGGGUGACCUCAGUCCAGGGGGUGACCUCAGUCCAGGGGGUGACCUCAGUCCAGGGGGUGACCUCAGUCCAGGGGGUGACCUCAGUCCAGGGGGUGACCUCAGUCCAGGGGGUGACUUUAGUCCAGGGGGUGACUUUAGUCCAGGGGUGA